GCUCCCCUCCCUGCAACUCUGGAAGCAGGACGCGGCGACCGGACUCGCGGUUCCCGAGCCAACUGAGCCCAGAAAAGGUGCACCGGGGACGGAAGGCGAAACGAGGAAGACGCCGGUGGCUGUGACGGUGGUCUGGAUCUCAUUUAGCCAUGCCGGUGCCAGAUCAGCCCGCCGAGCAGGAGAAGGGGGCCAUGGUUCCCCCGGUGAUGCCGGCCUCCAAUGGAGACAGAUCCGAGACGGAGACGACUUCCUCUAUCCUGGCGUCAGUCAAAGAACAGGAGCGGCAGUUUGAGCGUCUGACGCGGGAACUCGAGGCCGAGCGUCAGAUCGUUGCCACCCAGCUGGAGAGAUGCAAACUGGGAUCAGAGGCGGGCAGCAUGAGCAGCAUCAGUUCGGCAGAUGAGCAGUUUCGUUGGAAUGCUCAAGCAGAUGGACAAAAGGAUAUUGAGGAUGAGUUGACCACCGGUUUGGAGUUGGUGGAUUCCUGCAUCCGUUCCCUCCAGGAAUCAGGAAUCCUUGACAGCGUGGAACGACCAGCGCUUCUCUCCCAGAGUUCCUUGCAGCUUAACUCCACCCCGGAGGCUUCGCUUCAGUACUCUGCCAGCUACCAUAGCAACCAGACCCUCGCCCUUAGCGACAACAUCUCCGCAGCUUCUCCUCAGCGCAGCGGGCAGGUCGGAGGAGCCGUGCACAGCUAUAACCAGGUGACGUCGAGCCGUGCAGCCCAGCAGCAACAAUCACAAAGUGGGGCGGGGUCAGGAAUCUACUACUCCAGCUCCACCUUACCCGCCCAGCGUGUCAAUUCCCCCCUGUGUGGCGGCGGAGGCGGUUCAGGACCGGGGUCCCCCAAUAAACUCCAACGCCUGGGGUCGGCGUCCGACGCUUCGGGCUACGCCACCACUCAGCGACUGCCAUCGUCCUCCUCUUCGUCGUCCCCCAGCAAACAGUGUCCCGCCAAUCGACUAGCCAAGUCAUACAGUACUAACGUUGCCGUGACAACAGGAGGCGGCGGAGGCUCUCCCCUGAGGUUGGCCUCUCCACCCAACUCCACAGGAGCAGGAGGAGGGGCCAGCUCGUCAUCAUCAUCCCCCCUUCAUCAGAUGAGCUCGGGCAUCGGCAGUUAUGCCACUUUGUCUCCCAAGCGCCUCGCCGCUCACCACGCGUCCGACCAGUACAAGAUUUCCCACGAGCUGUACGCAACGGCGACGCUCCAGAGGCCUGGCAGUCUAGCAGGCUCACGUGGCUCCUACAGUAGUCAACACAGCCAGGAGCCCCUCCGACCCUUGGGGUCCCCAGAGCACCAUAUAGACCCUAUCUAUGAGGAACGAGUCUACCACAACAAGGGCCCCAUGAGGAGCCUCAGUCAGAGCCAGGGGCCCGACACCGGCCCCUAUCGCAACAACACCGACUUUUCCCAGCGUCUCCAUGACCACGUCUUAAGUUAUGUCCUUUGUCCCUACUUUCCUGCCAUAGCUCCCUCCUCCCCCGGUGUCGACUCCACCCCUUUGCAGCGAACAGGAAGUCACGGCACCGGCACGGGAAGCUACGGACGCGGCGGGAGUAACAACUAUGCUACAGUGGGACCGGGCUACACCAGCAGCGGAGGAGGAGGGGAUAUGUACGGAUCGGAUCCAUACGUGGCGGACCCGUACCGUACCCUGCAGUACUGCCCGUCGGUGGUGGAAUCACCUUACAGCAAGUCCGGGCCCGCGUUGCCGCCGGAAGGGACCCUGCAGAGGUCGCCUUCCAUUGACUCCAUUCAGAAGGACCCCAGGGAAUUCGGUUGGCGAGACCCGGAGCUUCCAGAAGUGAUCCAGAUGCUGCAGCACCAGUUCCCGUCUGUGCAGUCCAAUGCCGCGGCGUACCUGCAGCACCUCUGCUUCGGGGACAACAAAAUCAAAGCCGAGAUCCGCAGACAGGGAGGCAUCCAGCUGCUGGUCGACCUGCUGGACCACAGGAUGAGCGAGGUUCACCGCAGCGCCUGCGGUGCCUUGAGGAACCUGGUUUACGGCAAGGCCAACGAUGAGAACAAAGUGGCCCUGAAGAACUGCGGAGGGAUCCCGGCACUGGUGCGCCUUCUGAGGAAAACCGGGGAUGUGGAAAUCAGAGAACUGGUCACAGGCGUGCUUUGGAACCUGUCAUCAUGUGACGCCCUCAAAAUGCCAAUCAUCCAAGAUGCACUGGCUGUUCUGACCAACAGCGUCAUCAUCCCCAACUCCAACUGGGACUCCUCCCCGAAUCACCAUGACGACCGCAAGCUCCAGCUUCAUACUUCCCAGGUGCUGCGCAACGCUACGGGGUGUCUCAGGAACGUCAGCUCUGCAGGUGAGGAGGCGAGGCGGAGGAUGAGGGAGUGCGACGGCCUGACAGACGCGCUGCUCUACGUCAUCCAGACCUCUCUAGGCAGCAGUGAGAUUGACAGUAAGACUGUAGAGAACUGCGUUUGCAUCCUGAGGAACCUGUCGUAUCGUUUGGCCGCCGAGACCUCCCACGGUCAGCAGGGGGGGUUGGAGGAGCUGGACGGCCUCCUCUGUGACGCCAACGGCCGCGACGGAGAAAGUUCUGGCUGCUGGGGGAAGAAGAAGAAGAAAAAGAAGGGUGCCGAGCAGUGGGAUGGCGUUGGUCCCUUCCCAGACACAGUGGAUCCCCCCAAAGGGGUUCAGAUGCUCUGGCACCCGACUAUCGUCAAGCCCUACCUCACCCUGCUGUCUGAAUGCUCCAAUCCUGACACCCUCGAGGGAGCAGCCGGAGCCCUGCAGAACCUGGCUGCUGGCAGCUGGAAGUGGUCGGUGUACAUCCGGGCUGCUGUACGCAAAGAGAAAGGCCUUCCCAUCCUGGUGGAGUUACUGCGGAUCGACAACGACAAAGUGGUGUGCGCCGUGGCCACCGCGCUGAGAAAUAUGGCGUUGGACAUCCGGAACAAGGAGUUGAUUGGUAAAUACGCCAUGAGAGACCUGAUCCAUCGUUUACCGGGUAGCAGCAGCAGCAGCAACAACAACGCCACCAGCAGUGCCACCUCUGCUACUACAGGCUCCCCCAGCAAGGCCAUGUCUGACGACACGGUCACCGCCAUCUGCUGCGCGCUACAUGAAGUCAUCACCAAAAACAUGGAGAACGCCAAAGCCCUCCGCGACGCCGGCGGCAUCGAGAAACUGAUCGGCAUCGCCCGCAGUAAAGGAGACAAACACUCGGCCAAGGUGGUGAAGGCGGCCUCUCAGGUUCUCAGCAGCAUGUGGCAGUACAGAGACCUGCGCUCCCUCUACAAGAAGGACGGCUACUCCCAGUAUCACUUUGUGGGCUCUGCAUCAACAAUAGAGAGAGACCGACAGAGACCUUACUCGUCCUCGCGAACCCCUUCCGUCUCCCCCAUCAGGACGUCGCCAAACAACCGCUCAGCGAGCGCCCCGGCGUCUCCGAGAGAGAUGAUGAGUCUAAAGGAACGCAAGAUGGACUACGAUUCCACGGCAACCAAUGCCGGUUUCCAUAGCAACAAAGGCGAGCACACAUCCCGGAAAGAUGGCAUGGCAGUAUCCUGCGGGACGUCUACCUUGUUCCGAAACUCUUACCUGACCGCCAGUGAUGAUAUCAAGCCAAACCAGGCCCCAGUCCAGCCCUGCACCGUGCCCCCACAGCCCCAGCAGGACAGUCCGUCAACAGCCGCUCUAAAAGACUACGACCACUAUCCCCCCCCUCCCUCCUUCCCCCAGCCUCUGCCUCCACAGCCUCCCCUCCACAGCCAGAGCCGCAGCGUCGAGGAAGCCUACUACGAGGACCAGGGACCGCCGCUGCCGGCUCUGCCUCCCCAGCCCCAGCCGCAGGUCCAGGUACAAUCCCAACCUCAGGCCCAACCCCAGCAGCCUCCCAGCACCGCCGGGCCACCUCGGGACCCCCGGGAGGAUCUGCGAAUGCAUCUUGGUCUCAAGUCCACGGGCAAUUAUGUAGACUUCUACUCAGCGUCCCGGCCGUACAGCGAACUGAACUACGAGACCAGUCACUACCCGGCCUCACCUGACUCGUGGGUCUAGUUAGUUAGACCGCCAUGAAGAUGACGCUUGGGGGGGCGGGGGGGGUCUUCUCGCAAGUAUUUCAGUGUGCGGGGGGGAUUUAUUUUCCAAGCACAUCAAGUUUGCAAAGUAGUCCUGAACCUCCUGACAAGAACCGAGGCAAGAUAAAGUAAAAGUCAGGUCAUGUGACAAACAAUGCAUGUGCAUGCCGCCAUUUUUUCCUUUUUUUUUUUUUUUUCUUAAAGCCACAGCUCACUUUUUAUGUCUUCGAUCUCAAAGAGUGAGUGCAAAGGUGUGUGUGAACGGCCGAGAAAGGCCGUGAACGGGCAAAUAGAGAAAGAAAACAAGCGAUAAAGCGGAGGGAAUUGUGUAAAGAACAGGAGGCGAGCCGGGGAUGACGGUGUAAUGGGGAUGGCUUGGGAAGAGAUUUUUUUUCCGAAAGGAGGAGUCCUGACCUUUUUGUUGAAGGCAGCGACGGGGAAGAGAGAAAGCGGAAGCGGAGAAGUGGGUUUUUCCUAUUUUGCCUGAACGUAGCACUACUUUAAUCCCCUGCACUUUUUUUUUUCUUUUUUUUUUCUUGCCUUUUUGCCUCUGGAUUAAUUUUAACGGAAUGUCAUUAUCUUUUUUUGUACUUUUCUAAAUUUUUCAAGUCAUUUUUAUGUAUGCAAGAUGUUUUGUUUUUUUUUUCAUUCGUGAGACUGACAAAAAUAUGUAAAUUAAGAACCCAAGAACGGAAGUGGGCCCAAUCCCAGCCCCUGCAGUAUUUGUGUUUCUCAGCCUUCAUCCAUAUUGAAUAUUGUGGUGGAAAAAAACGCACAAAUGUGGAAUUGAUCAAGGCUGAGGCGUCAAAAAAGUGCUUUUUCACUGCCUAAAAAGAAUGCACUCACAAGCACAGAUAGUGUUUGGGAUGGUCCGAUUCGUCUUUAUCGAGGGGGGGGGGGGGAUUGCGUCAUCGUUUUUCCGGGAGUAAAUAUACAUAUAAACUAACAUUGGAGGAGGACAAGUUUGCCAAACUUUAACCCCCCCUACAUGGAUGACUUUUAAAGGGAUAUUCCGUCACAGUUUACAGACACUGACUGGAUGUCUCACUCUGAUGUUUUUUUUUUUCAUGUUGCUGUGUAGAUGUGCAGCCUCACAACAGUAUGUUGGGUGCGGAUGAGUUUGUGUGCAUGUCGGUGACAGAAUGUGCGUAGACACAUGAACUCGGGUGAGCGUAUUUAUGCAUGCAUGUGUGUAGUUGUGUGUGUGUGUGCGCGUGUGUAUGCGUGUGUGUGUGUGUGUAUAACUCAAUGUCCAAACAAGGCAUUCCUACUUGACAGUCUGUCCGGUUUUGCUAACCACGAUACAAACAAAUGAAUUGUUCAUAUAGAAUGACAAAUCUAUAAAUAUAUGAAUAUAAAUAUAAAUAUAUAAUAUAAUUUUUAUGUGCAGAUAUCUGUGUCACUAAAGCGCAAGAUGAAAAAAAAAAAUGUGGUGUACAAAAAAAACAACUAAGCCCAA